AUGGCUCUCUCCACUUCCUCACUUGCAAUCUCUAUGCUUCUCUUGUCAAUAGUUGUGGUUGCUUCUGCAAAUGGUUAUGGCUAUGCCCCAAAACCAAAGCUUGACAAUCCUAAGCCAGAAGAUAAGCUCCUCCCCACAAUCAUAGGCAUUCAAGGGAUGAUUUACUGCAAAUCAGGCCCUAAGCUCAUCCCUCUUCAAGGAGCUGUGGCAAGAGUAACAUGUCUAACCGUCGAUCAGGAAGGUUAUGAACCGACUCCUAUCACCAUCUUGCGUUGCCCAACGGAUGCAAAGGGUUACUUCUAUGCUACAUUGUCUUCAUCCGAGCUUGAAAAUGCAUGGAAGCUCACAGAGUGCAAGGCAUUCCUCGAGAAAUCUGCAUUGGAGACGUGCAAUGUUCCAACUGAUAUCAACCAAGGGAUCAGCGGCACUCUUCUUUCUUCUUCUCGUUUCCUCAGUGACAAGCAUGUCCAAUUGCAUUCCGUUGGACCUUUUGUUUACACAUCAGAAUCAAAACCAAUCUCCAAGGGUUAUUAG